UCUCACUUUUAUUGGCAUUUUAGAUAGUGUCUUUCAAAAAUUCUCUUUAAAAUUUGAAACGGAGCUCUUUAAUUUACGGCACAUCUUCAAUGAAAGUGGUUGCGAGAAAAGACAGUUAUGAGGGAUAAACGAACACAAAAUGUGUGUUUGUAACGAAGUACAUAUUGUGAAGACGUGCGGAAGAUGAGGUUGUCAGUUUUUUCUUAAUGCGUGCAUUAAAUUACUAGUUAUAUAUAAAGCAGGCGAUGCAUUAAAUGCACGCAUAAAUUACAACUUAUAUAGACAGUAGUACAGGACGUAGUAUUAAACAAUUCACUACAUGGGAAAUAGAAAAAGCAUGCUCAUUCACAGUUUGCUUUAAUGCCAUUCAUAACUCCCGACCGUGCCCGUACGUUGUAUAUGUCAGUAUGGCACAGUAUCGCACCGGGGCAUUAAAAUAAAAUCUUCAAAAAGUGUGUCUUGUUUGCAUAUACACCCACUGCCAGGCUGGCAGAAGCUCACAAAACGCACCAUGCUGCUCCGGACGAAUAGGAUUUCAGCCCAUUAGUUUCUCUUGAUUGAUGAGGAAGUACAUGCAGAAGAAGUCAUCCUUCUCACUCAUUUCAAUAUGGAGCUCUCUGAUGUAUAAAUCCCCCUGGCUCCCCCUCUCUGUACCUAUUAUGUCUCCUAUUUGGCCGCUAACUUGAAAGGGCUGCGGAUGUGUAACAGAGGGCGCUGUGACAGUGACUCGGGAGGAGACGCUCAUUCCUUUUUCUCCAUCGGCGCUUUAUCAAACAAGCCUGACAGCUCCGCCAGAUCAAAAAACAGCAGGCAUACUCACGCACGGGCUACGAAUAUGGAGGGGUUUCUUUAUCAGUUCAUUUACAUCGCGUGCGCCGGGUAGAGCCCGGGGCCGGGUUUUGGCGCACGCCGCGCGUCCCCGUCGCCUCGUGACACGACACCAGACCCCAUUUUGGUGGCUGGCUCGCGCUGGGGAGCCAAAUCCCGAAGUUAAAUGCGCUCACGCCUCCCAAACUUUGCAAAGUCUUGCAGCUUUCCUGCACGCUCUAAUAGCUCCGCUCUGAUUGUUGCAGACGGAGUAGGCGGAGGAGGGGGAGUGCUGGGCUCUUUAAAUUAAAACAUUUCUCCCCAUUUGAGUCAUGUAUUUAUGACUGUAAUGUCAGCAGAACACGAUAAGGAUUCCAUUUCUCUUAAACGGUCUAGAGGUGGUGACGGUGGAUUGGAUGGGUUAGUGGGGCCAGGUGUUCAGCUGGGAAGCCCUGAUAAGAGGAAACGCAAGACAAGUGUUCAGGGUUCCUCCUUUCCUCCUCUGUCAGAGUAUGCUCCACCUCAAAAUCCUAGUGGAGACCAUCUUAUAGCUGCAAACCCGUUUGAUGAUAAUUACAACACAGUACUGUACAAGCCUCUGCCUUCAGGAAAUCCUUAUUUCAGCAAUCCCACCUACCCUGGAUUUGGAGGUUAUAAUAAUUUCAGAAUGCCACCUCAUAUGCAGCCUAGAAUGUCGUCCCCGUAUGGUGGUCCCUACUCGAUGAGGAAUCAGCCACAUCCUUUUUCUCAGACUCCAGUAGGAAUGGGUUUUAAUCGAACUCAUGGUUUUGGCUUUGGCCCACACGACCCUUCCAACUUUGGACCCCAGUCAAUGUACAACAGUGGAAUGAGCCAGAAUGUUAAUAUGCCACAGUGUCAACCCUUUAGACCAAAUUCUGGUGAGAACUUCAACCAAGUGCCACAGCAGAAUGUUGAUCAAAACUGUAACCCUGAUAUGGCAUCCAGUUUUGGGCCUGGAAACAAUGCAAACUUUAGUCCAGGGGUUGGUGGUAACAUGGAUUCCAGUCACCCAUUUGCUCAGCAGCAGAACAGCUAUAACCAGACUAAUGCAUCCAAUCCAAAACCAGAUUUUGGUCAAGGAAUGAAUAAAAGCUCACCACACGCUGCUACACAUCAGCACCAUCCCGAUUCUGAAGAAACAGUAAGGCAGGGUAAUACUGAUCUAAAAAGUGCUAACCGGAACAAGCCUGCCAGUCAAGAAAGCAGUGACUCUAGCAAUCCUGAAAAUAUUAAUGGAAGCCAUGGAAAUGGAUCACAGAAUAAUUCCAAUCCACUGAGAAAUGCAUCAGAUAGUAGCUCCACUGAAAAACUUGCUAAGACCGCUGUUAACCCUAUUCAUUCAGGUCGUACUACAGCAGAUCCUGUGUAUCCAUGUGGAAUUUGUAUGAAUGAGGUAAAUGAUGACCAAGAUGCCAUCUUAUGUGAAGCAUCUUGUCAAAAAUGGUUCCAUCGUAUUUGUACUGGUAUGACAGAGACGGCGUAUAGUCUUCUUACUGCAGAGGUUGCAGCGGUAUGGGGCUGUGAUACAUGCAUGGCAGUCAAGGAUGUGCAGCUGAUGCGUACUAGAGAGCCUGUGGUGCACCCGACGUUGAACAGGGAUGGUUAAUUCUGUCAUGACUCAUUUUCUUUCAAUGUGGAAAGAUAAGCUGUACACCUCAAAGUUCUACACCUUUUUAUUUUUGAAAAUGCUUCUGAAUUCAGGUGUACGUUAUAUUCCAUGCAGUGUCAGUAUGACAGCUUCCAUCUGUCUCUGUGACUGAUUGUUAAUACUGCAUGACCUAAAAUAACUGUAGAAAGAUGAGGGCAUUUCAGAUACGCGUUUGAAACAUCUCCGUUGAAAUUUUUUUUUUUAAAUACAUGUGCAUGAUUUGCUCCAGGAGCGGGUGUGUUCUGCCUUAAAACAACUAUGUAAAUGUUUAAAUGCAGUCUGAUGAGGUAGUGUGGAAACAUAGCUCACUCUGCUGGUAUCUGAGAUGGGAAGCAAUUAGCCAUGCUAGUGGGGAGUUCAUAGAUGGCUGCUGACUUUCAGCCUUGAAUUGGAAGAGCCUUUCUGCAUUCAGACUUCAAGAGCUCUGGAAAAGAGCCACCUGUAUCCUCUGUUUCACUAAAACUUUUAGUGCAACCUUAAGAGAAACAGUGUUGUGUUUUGUGACUGAUACUGGCUGCUUCCUGCCUUCACCAGGAGAGCAAGGGAAUCUGGCAGCAUUUGUUCACAGAUGACAGGAGCCAGAAUUUAAAAGCAGAAAUGGCUACUCUGAAAGGGUGAUAGAGUGAACAUUGUCAUUGUUGUGUGAGACAGCCCUGACCAUCUAUCAGUACUUAUGGCUGACUUUCUUUAGAUCCAAAAGACAGGUUAACGCUGCAGUGCUGGUAAAGACUGUAGGUAAACAUUUGCAGGCAUGGCAACUGGGAUAGGUCAAGAGCGGUGGGAGGUCACGGGGAAGAGGCCAUAAGUCAAGAUAAAAACAAUUUCUUAUUUUUAAAUAUCUUUGAUAAUUUAACUCUUUUUACAGCCAACAUUCUUUUAUUGGCAAAACCUGCGUAGGACUAAACCUGCUUUGUUUACCAUAAUACACAUCUGUUCAGAUAAGGUAUUAAACACUACUUUUUGUUCUUCCAUUAGUUUAAGAAACAAGGGAAGGGUUGAGUGUCUUCUGUUAGGGCUUCAUUUUACAAGUGGGCUACAAUGCCUUUUGCUGAAGGUAAUCUCUAGUUACUGUACAAGAUUCCUCUCUGUAGGUGUGCCAGGUCAUUAAGUUUCAGUUACCAUUUUCUCUGUAAUGGUAGAAAGGUAUGAAUUUGCAGUCCAUGUAUUUAUGAAACAUUUGGUCUGUAGAUGUAAGUGUUGGUAUAAUUUUAAAUGUCUUAAAUUACUGUACAGAUACGGUACAUGGUAAUAAUCGGUAAAAUUCACUGUUAGUUAAUGCUGUCAUUGUCGAGCUUCCAGACCAAAUAAAGUGGCACUAUUCUGUCUCAA